GAUAGGCACGUUCAUCCGAACCAGGUGCCAGCGGAAGUCACACAAACGCUUUAUCAACCGGAGUCCAUUGGACAUGUCCGUCUGGCCCUGCCUCGUCUGAGCACUGCCUCGCCGGCCGGCCAGGACAAAUCUUCUCUAAUCAUUCCACCUCCAAUUGCCACCCUCGCCAUUUGGCCACUUUCAUGCGACAAUGAUCCACUUCAGCGGACUUUUGAAUAUAUUCGCGAGAUUUUCAACAAAUGUCACCACCAUCCAAAUAGUGAGCUUGCGCCUGUUUUGAAACUGGGCCGGCAUUUUGUCAAGUGUCAAAGACAUGCCGGUCUGGGGUCCGGAAAGUGGCCGAGGCAGAUUGUGCUCGAAAUCGUGUUAGUGAAGUCAGUUGGCCUGGGACUCACUCCGACGGUUGUUUUGAUGGGAAUUCAGGGCAGAGCUGCUGUCUCUUGCCGGACAUUCUCUUGGCUUCCCACUUGGAGUGUGGCUAACCAGGACUGCGAGAUGAUGGCAUUUCUGCUUUUGCUCACAGCGCCUUUCAGACGAUCGGAAAGACGUUCAAUCUUUGCCGUCAUGUGGGUCGUUAACUGA